CUGGACGUAGGCGGGUACGAGGGCACUGUUUAAAAGUGCGGCGCCUUGGGGAGGAGUGCACACUCAGACCCGUGUGGAUUUUGGAAGAUGCGUGUGGAUGUGGUGUGGCUGGCCGCCUUGGCUCUGACUCUCCCUGCAGUCUCGCGAUGCGACCCACUAUUUGUUCUGACCGCGCCAAACCUGCUGCGAUUGGGCACAAGGGAGAAAGUGUUUGUGGAAGCGCAGGAGUAUACAGGACAGCCACUCAAGGUUGAAAUCCUGGUGAAAGAUUUUCCUGCCAAAGUUACCGAAAUCUUAUCCAAAUCAGUCACCCUGAGCGACGGCAACAACUUUCAGGCUGUUCAGGAAAUCCUGAUCCCUGAGAGAUAUUUUGUUAAUGACAAAAAUUCCAAGCAGUAUAUCUACUUGCAAGCAAAGUUUCCUGAUCGUGUACUGGAGAAAGUCGUUCUGGUCUCCUUCCAGUCCGGGUAUUUAUUUGUGCAGACAGAUAAACCCAUCUACGUUCCAGAAGACACAGUUCUUUACAGGAUCUUUUCUGUGAGCCCUGAUCUGGUGCCAAUCUCAAAUGGCGUUUCAGUGGAAAUCAUGAACCCUGAUGGCAUCACAGUCAAACAAAACUUUCUGUAUCCUACUCGGGGGAUCAUAUCUUCAAAUUACAAACUCCCAGAGAUUGUCAGGGAGGGGACCUGGAAGGUGGUAUGCGGAUUUGGAAAAAACCCACAGAACCUUUUUACUGCAGAGUUUGAGGUCAAGGAGCACGUGCUGCCAAACUUUGAGGUCAAGCUGACACCAGGAAAGUCUUUCUUCCAUGUCGACGAUACCGAACUGACUAUUGACAUAACUGCCAAGUACCUGUAUGGAAAGGAUGUUUCAGGGAAGGCAUUUGUUGUUUUUGGCGUCCUGACAGACAAUGGUCAGAAGAUAGGUAUCCCUGCCUCUCUACAGAGAGUGAACAUUGACUCAGGAAAGGGCAAGGCCAAGUUAACAAGACAGCAAAUCCUGACAACCUUUCCAAACAUCAAAGAGUUAGAUAAGAUGUCUCUCUAUGUGUCUGUCAGCGUCCUGACAAGCACUGGCAGUGAAAUGGUGGAGACAGAGAGAAGGGGGAUCCAGAUAGUGACCUCACCCUACACCAUCCACUUCAAGAAGACCCCCACCUAUUUUAAACCAGGAAUGCCUUUUGACAUUGUGGUCUACGUCACAAACCCGGACAACACCCCGGCCAAAGACAUCGCCGUGGAGGAAACCAAAGCGAAAGUUUCGGCCACGACGAAAGAAAACGGGGUAGCAAAACUUACCAUCAACACCCAGGAUGGAAUUAGCACCCUGUCAAUCAAUGUGGUAACCAAGGUUGCUAAGCUGGCUGACUCGCAGCAGGCUAAGCAGCAUAUGGAAGCCAAGCCCUACAAGACACAAGGCUCAAAAAACUACCUUCACAUCAGUCUCCAAGCGAUUGAGAUAAAGGCUGGAGGCGACAUGGGCAUCAGCUUCUACCUCGUGAACAGCCCACUUGUUCAGAAUGAGAUAAAGCAUCUCACAUACCUGGUAAUGAGCAAAGGGAAGCUUAUUCUUGCAAAGAGAUAUAAAAGAGCGAAAGGACAGUCACUGAUUUCCUUAAACGUGCCAGUGACCAAAGACAUGGUCCCCUCUUUCCGAAUUGUGGCGUACUACCAUGUGGGCAUGGAAGUGGUGUCGGACUCCAUCUGGGUGGACGUUAAGGACACCUGCAUGGGAACACUGAAAGUGGCCUCACAUGAUCAGCCAAGGUAUGAGCCACGCUUGCCCUUCAGCCUGACCAUCACCGGUGACCCUGGGGCAAAGGUGGGCCUGGUGGCCGUGGACAAGGGUGUCUAUGUCCUGAACAAUAAGAACAGACUCACACAGACCAAGAUCUGGGACAUCGUUGAAAAGCAGGACAUCGGCUGUACCACGGGAAGUGGCGCUGACAGCAUGGCGGUUUUCUACGAUGCUGGGCUGCUGUUUGUAUCCAACGCUGGUGAGACCGUUGCCAGAGCAGAACCCAAAUGUCCUGUUCGCCCCACGGGUCGCCGGCGGCGAGCGCCGACAUUAAUGGAAUUGAAGCACUCGCUAGUGAGGAAUUGCACAGUCGCAGAGAGGAAGUGCUGCAUGGACGGCAUGGUGGACAAUCUGCUGGGGUACACGUGCGAAAGACGCGCCCAGUUCAUCGUGGACAGCGAGGAGUGCGUCAAAGCCUUUGUGCGCUGCUGCUUGGAGGUGGAAAAGAAAACCCAGGAGGCCAGGGCCGAAGAACUUAUACUCCAGCGCAGUGACCAAGACGACGGUUACUUCAAUGAAUUCAGUGAUAUAUUAUCCCGCACACAAUUUCCUGCGAGUUGGCUGUGGGACGACCUCGAACUGCCUCCGUGUCCCGCAGGCAACGAAGAAUGUGAGUCUACAUCAAUAGAAACAAACAGCUUCUUGAAGGACUCCAUCACAACCUGGGAGGUCACCGCUAUUAGUCUGUCCGAAACACAUGGAAUCUGUGUGGCGGAUCCCUUCGAGAUGAAGGUGAUGAAAUCUUUCUUCGUCGACCUGAAGCUGCCCUACGCCGCGGUGCGCAACGAGCAGCUGGAACUAAAAGCAGUGCUUUACAACUACAUCAACACAGAAAUAACGGUCCGAGUUCAGCUGUUGGAAACAGAGCACGUGUGCAGCGCAGCCAGCAAGAAGAGGAUGGAUGUCAUAGCGCAGGUGAAGGUGGACAAAAUGUCCUCCCGGGCCGUCCCGUUUGUCAUCAUCCCCUUGGCCCUCGGUCAGCACUCCAUCGAAGUUAAGGCCUACGUCGUUGGCUUCGAAUUCAAAGACGGCGUCAAGAAGGACCUUCGCGUGGUGGCCGAAGGGCAACGAACCGAAAUGAAGCGCGCUACAGUGCUGCUGAAUCCGGCAGGGCACGGCGGAGUCCAGACUGAGACCAUCUUCCCAGUGAAUCUGAGGUUUAUGGUGCCUGGCUCAAUGCCACAGACACACAUCAGCGUGACUGGGGAUCCCCUGAGCCAGACCGUUGAUGCGGCCAUCAGUGGGACGAAUAUGGCCCACCUGAUAAAACAGCCCACGGGCUGCGGCGAGCAGAACAUGAUGCGUAUUACUGGACCCCUCAUCGCCACGCUCUACCUGGACAAAACCGGCCAAUGGGAUAAAGUGGGGCUAGACCGCCGAGGCGAAGCCCUCAGACACAUCACAACUGGGUAUGAACGGCAACUGACGUAUCGCCAAAAUGAUGGUUCUUACAGAAUUUAUCCACGAGCACCAUAUGUACCCAGUACCUGGCUGACAGCAUACGUGGCUAAAGUUUUUGGUCUGGCGUACAACCUCAUAUUCAUUAAAGAAGAUGUGCUGUGCAGUGCCCUCAAGUGGCUGGUCCUGAACACACAGCAGCCAGAUGGCAUUUUCAAAGAGGUUGGCCAGGUCUACCAGUCAGAGUUGAUGGGCGGCGUGAACGAUAAAGACCCCGAAGUAGCGCUGACGGCGUUCGUCCUGAUCGCCAUGCGGGAGUCGUCUCACAUCUGUGUGGAGCGAAUACCCAGCCUGACAAAUAGCAUGAAGUCUGCCAGCAAAUUCCUGUCUGAGAAUAUCCAAAAACUGACCAACCCCUACGCCGUGGCCCUGACCUCAUACGCUCUGGCCAGAGAGGGACAGCAUCAUCUGGAUAUCCUGAACCGCUACUCGUCUGGUGGAGGAACAUACUGGCAAGUCCCCAACAAAUACUUUUUCACUCUGGAGGCCACUGGCUAUGCACUGAUGACCCUGGUCAAGGCCAAAAAGUUCGACCAGGCUGGUCGUGUGGUCGAGUGGCUGACACAACAGAGGUUCUAUGGCGGGUUCUACGGGUCCACCCAGGCUACCGUCAUAGUCUUCCAGGCCCUUGCUUUGUACAUGACGGAAUUACCUGAAAAGAGUCCCACUGACUUGUCCGUGACCAUGUCUAUGUCUGGACGCCAGCGACCCACCACGUGGACCUACACCACAGACACGAUGCAUGUCACCCGCUCAACAAAGAUUCCACUAAAUCAAAACAUGACAUUCACUGCUAAGGGAACUGGCCAAGGCACCCUGUCAGUGAUGACGAUCUACAAUGCUUUGCCUGAGGAAAAUAAAGCAGACUGUAAAAACUUUGAGCUGGAAGUUACGAUACAGAAGCAGAGAAAGGCUUCCGAUCCAACGGCACUGGAAACGUACAUUCUCACAAUUGAUAUGACGUACAAGCCCUCCAGUUCCAAAUCCACCAUGUCUAUCCUGGAUGUCACCAUGCUCACAGGCUUCACUGCAGACCAGACAGACCUUGAAAAGUUAACUGCAGGAAAGGACCAAUACGUCAAGAAGAUUGAGAUGAACACACAGCUUUCAGAGAAGGGCUCCCUUAUUUUCUACCUGGACAAGGUUUCCCACCAGCUGCCUGACAGAGUGGCCUUCAGGAUACAUAAGAUAACCAAUGUGGGUCUGCUUCAGCCAGCUGCAGUUACUCUGUAUGAGUAUAACUCCUGGGAAAACCGCUGUAUGAAGUUUUAUCACCCGGAGAAGAAGAACGGGACCCUGAACAGGAUCUGCCAUGAGGAUGUGUGCCGCUGUGCAGAAGAAAACUGCAGCUUCCAGAGGAAAGAGAAUAAGGAGCUGGACCGUGUGUCUACUGCUUGUUCAGCUGGCAUGGAUUACGUGUAUAAAGCCAAAGUAAUCGAGGUUGAACUGUCUCCUGCCAUCGACCGCUUCACCAUUCUGGUAACUGAAACCGUCAAGGAAGGCACAGACACUGAUGUGAAGGGCAAAGAGCGAAUGUAUUUAGCCCAUCCUUAUUGCAGAGAGGCGAUAAGUCUGAUCAAAGGAAAGACCUACCUGAUCAUGGGCUCGUACUCAAGUCUUGUGAUAGAAAAGGACAGGACGAUGUACAUGUUAGGUGGAGACACCUGGAUUGAACACUGGCCCACGGAGACGGAGUGCCAGGAGUCCGCAAACCGGCAGACCUGUCUGAGCCUGUUUGAAGAUACAGAUGAUCUGUCCACGUUUGGGUGCCCAAGCUAAACCCAUGUCAAAUUUAUUGUUUGUUUUUUCAUUUAUUUUGUUGAAAGUAUAUUACUUUUCGGCAGCACAGGCAGUGCCUUCAGGCCUCACACCUGGUCAAAUAAAUAUAUGUAACACUUUUACAUCUGAGGUACCAAUAAAAUGCAAGAAUUUCAAAAGGAUUGCCUUUUUGCACCAAUCAGUUGUUUUUUUUUCUGCUUGUGCCCUACCAUGGCCAAUUUUUCCCAGACCUGUUCGGUAAAUUUGAAUAAACAUUUAGUCUACUUUUGGUGAAAACCUGUA